UCCCAUCCUGGUUUAGAAGAGGCAGGGAAUGUGAUUUGAGGUUGCGCGCGCGAAGUCCUCCUGUCGCACCGGUUGGCUUCGUUGGAAGUCUUCGUCCGAGGCUCUGUCAUGGGGGACGACAUGGAUGUAAUCCCCGAGAGGGAGAUGAAGGAUUUUAAAUUCAGAGCAUUGAAGAAAGUACGGAUCUUUGAUGCUCCUGAUGAACUCCCCAAAGAGCGUUCCAGUCUUCUUGCUGUAUCAAACAAAUAUGGAUUACUAUUUGCUGGCUGUGCAGCUGGACUGCAGAUCUUCCAGACAAAAAACCUUCUAAUGCAGAUUCCAGUGGGGGAUUCUCCUAAUAAAAUAGUUGAGAAUGUCCAGAGUCUUUUCGUUCCCACCAAGUUCUGUGUACAUCACUUGGCACUCAGCUGUGAUAACCUCACACUCUCUGUCUGCAUGGCCUCCAGUGAAGUUGGGUCCUUCAUUGGCUUUUUUGAUGUUCGCACAUUUGUGAAUCAGGCUAAGCAGCAAAAACGCCCCUUUGCCUAUCAGAAGAUGGCUGGGGCGAUGGUCAAUGACCUGAAAUGGAACCCGGUGAAUGCCUCCAUGCUGGCCGUCUGUCUGUCUGAUGGAAGCGUCUCUGUCCUGCAGGUGGCAGAUUCCGUGAAGAUCUAUGCAACUCUCCCUGCUUCUGUGGCUGUUACAUCAGUGUGUUGGAGUCCUAAAGGAAAGCAGCUGGCUGUAGGCAAGCAGAAUGGCACAGUGGUCCAGUAUCUGCCUAACCUGCAGGAGAAGAAAACAAUUCCCUGUCCUCCAUUCUAUGAUUCAGAUAAUCCUGUCAAAGUCUUGGACGUGUUGUGGGUCAGCACUUACGUCUUCACUAUCGUAUAUGCGGCUGCGGAUGGGAUCUUGGAAACUGCACCAGAAGUGGUGAUGGCUGUGCUUCCUAAAAAGGAAGACAAGCGGCCUGAGCUGUUUGUGAAUUUCAUGGAGCCCUGUUAUGGCAGCUGUUCUGAGAGGCUACAUCACUACUUCCUUAACUACGUUGAAGAAUGGGAUCUGGUCCUUGCAGCAUCUGCUGCUUCCACAGAGGUCAGCAUCCUCGCAAGGCAAGGAGACAAGAACAACUGGGAGCUGUGGGUUCUGGAAGACUCCAGCCGAGCAGAACUUCCGGUCACAGAUAAGAGCGAUGACACUUUGCCCGUAGGCGUGGCCAUUGAUUACACCAGCAACAUGCCCAUAACCAUUAGUGAGGAUAAAACCAUGGACCCAGCACCGGUCCUGCUGCUGCUGUCAACUGAUGGAGUCCUCUGCCCCUUUUACAUGGUCAAUCAAAACCCUGGUGUAAGGUCUCUGAUUGUGAUGCCAGAGCCUCUCUCUCCAGAAGGAGACAGAGGAGCAAAAUCAGCCGGAAGCACUCCCCCAUCAUCUGCUUCCGCUUCUUCUGCUCCUCCUCCAAAAGUAGAAGCUUCCUUGGCCGUUGUCCCAGCCACAUCUUCAGUUUCCAACAAAGGGGCAGCCACUUUGUCUUUCGCUUCCUUCACUCUGAAAUCCACCAGAUCUGCCGCUGAUGCCCCGCCGCAGUAUCCUGGCAUGUCGGAGACCCCCAAGCCUCCCCUUGAUUCCAACCUGAACGGAGCAGUCGGGUUCCCCUUCUCUCCGACCACCAGCACCUCCAAAGUGCCUCCAACCCCAUCUCUGCUGUCCAGCCCUAUUACAGCUUCUCCUCCCUCCUUCUCUUUUGGUUCCGUGAGUUAUAAAGCGGCCGUGGACAGCUCAGCGGGGGGCCCUCCCUUCACGAGUCCUGCUGGGCUAAAGCAAGGUUUUGCCUCGUCAACUUCGUCCGUCAAAACUAACCUCACAGAAAAGUUCACUGCUGCAGAAUCUUCUACACCAGCUGCCAACAAUGGCCAAAGCUCCAGUAUGUUCUCCUUCUCACCUGCUGCAAAGCCUGUACCUGCUGGGACUCUGGGCCAGUCCACUGUGCUGGGCACCCCUCCAGCAGCGCCGAUCAAGGCUUCCACCCCAGUCUCUUCAGCAGUGGUGCGUCCUUCUCAGAGUGCUCCUCCAGCUUCCAUGCUACAGAAAACGGCCAAGAUUUCCUCAGCUGUUUCAAAAGUGAGCCCUUCCCAGGGCCGGCAGCAACCACCCACUGCUGGGGUGGAGAAACAGGCUCACCAGUGGAAGGAUUCAGAUCCUGUCAUCAUAGGAAUCAGGGAGGAGAUUGCACAUUUCCAGAAGGAGAUGGAAGAGCUCAAAGGCAGGACAGCCAAAGCUGCCAUCGAAGUGGGCACUGAGGAAGAGGAGGAGAUGUUGAGGAUGGAGUUAAACGACCUUCACACUUUCCUUUUGGAGAUCAAAGAGACAACAGAGUCCCUUCAUGCAGACUUUAGCCUCCUGAAGACAAGCCUACUGGAGGGGUUUGCAGGUCUGGAAGAAGCAAGACAUAAGGACAUGCGAGCUCACAACGCUGAGUAUCUGCACCUGCUCUUUAAGAGGCCUUUGGACCCAAAAAGUGAAGCUCAGCUUCAGGAAAUCCGGCGCUUACACCAGUACGUGAAAUUUGCUGUUCAGGAUGUGAAUGAUGUCCUGGAUUUGGAGUGGGAUCGGCACCUGGAACAGCAAAAAGAGCAGAAGCGCUUACUGGUACCUGAGCGCGAGACUCUCUUCAACGCCCUCACCAAUAACCGGGAGAUUAUUGACCAGCAGUUGAAACGGCUGCAGAAUUUGGUGGGGAGCCUGCAGGAGCUCCGCUUGUACAAUCAGACGCCACGGUGGAGCCUAUCCACUACCACCUCUUCCAGCAGCAGCAGCAUACAAAGCCUUGACAGUGAACUGGAGAGCCUAAGUAAUGCCUUGACAAAAGCUACGCUUCAACCUUGCACCAAGACUUCACCAGGUAGUGACUACAUUGGUCUGUUGUCCUGCAAACUGUCCCCUGUGAAUCAGGGCCAGCUGAGGAAUUUACUGUCUAAGAGGAAGGUGCCGCCCGUAAGGACAACUGCACCAGCCAACCUCUCCCAGUCAGCCUUCCUGUCCUUGAGAUACGAUGAAGAUUUGGAUGAUGUUAGCUCCACGUCUUCCGUUGCCCAGUCCCUGGAGAAUGAGGAUGUUCAAGCCCCAGAUCAAGAGGAAGAGGAGGUUGCACCAAUCCAAGUUCCCCGGCAUGCCCCCGUUGUCCGAACGCCCUCAAUUCAGCCUGGUCUAAUGAUACAGCCCCUCCCUCACGGCAAACCCCACAUCCCAAUGGGCACUUUAAUAGCCAUGCCGAGAAUCAUCCCACAAGGGGCAGACAGCACAAUGCUGGCAACAAAGACAGUGAAGCACGGAGCCCCUGCUCCCUCCACCGGCCUCCCAGCACCCCAGGCAGCAGCGGAAGCAGCAUUGCGGAGACAGAUGGCUACCCAGAACCCAGCUGCGAGUGCUUCCUUAACUGAAUCAACUUUGAAGAAUGUCCCUCAGGUGGUGAAUGUGCGAGAACUCAAGAGUAACACCUCUCCUCCAGCUGUUUCUACAAUAAUAGGAUCAUCGGUUCCUCAGUCUGCUGCACAAGCUGUCCACCAAGUUCUGGCAACUGUAGCUACCAAUCAGGCGAGCCAGGGACCUUCACCAAGCUCACUUAAGGUGCAGUCUCCACCCAGCUCUGCUUCUGUGGCAAGUGUCACCAUGGCGUCUACUGGCCAGCCAUCUGCUGGCAAAAAGAGCACAGGGCAAGGCCCUCUCAAGACAUCAGCAUCCGUGACUUCUGCUGCUGCUACGCCCACUCCAUCAACAGCUGCCCAGUUCAACAAAGCGUUCACAUUUACCACCUCUGUACCAGAAGCUAACCUUGAUGCAAUCCUCUCCUCUCUUGCACCUGUCCCUCCAGUAGAAGCAAUACCUUCUCCUCCAAAACAGCUGAGCCAGCCUGAUGCCUUUCCCCUUGGCGGGAAUGUGAAGUUUGGAACCCCUCUGGAGAGCUCCUUCACUUUUGGGUCCGCAAAACCGCCCAGUCUUCCGGGAGUCCCCAUGACAAGCAGUGGCUCAGGAGAUCCAUGCCCGGCAAACAGCCAGGUGACUUCAGCCCCUGUGGCCUCCGUCCCUUUCUCAACCUCUGGGAAACUGGAAGGGCUUCCAUUGAAACAAGGAGAUCACCUCUUCCAGGGCACCGCUGCUGGAGAGACCCUUGGGAGUUUCUCUGGGUUAAGAGUCGGUCAAGCCGAUGAGAAUUCCAAGGCUGCCACUACCAAACCUCCACCUGUUAAUGCCGCAGGUGGACAGCCAGCAAAAGCAAGCACUAUACCUUCUGGGUUUGCUCUUGGAAGCUCUUUGCAGGUCAGCAAACCAACAGAGGCUGCUCCCUCUGUGAUGACAACCAGCUUAACAUCAACGUCUGGCAGCACCAUCUUCGGCAAUGUCCAAUUGGUCAACACAGGGUCUCCUGCUCUCUUUGGCCUUGGAGCGCCUGCAGGGGGUGCCAAGUCAACUUUCGCACUUGGGAUUCAGCCAGCAAAUGCCGCAACGGCAACACCCUCUUCGGCACCGGCGGCAACCGCUACUCUGUCAUUCGGAAGUCUGUUGAGUUCAGCUCCAACUGCUGUAGCCACGACACCAACAGGUAAAGGAGAGGAAGAUACCAGAACCUCCCCAGGCCCUGAGAAGCUGCCUCAGAGUGAUGCCAGCAAGCUUGGAGCAAUGCAGCUGCUGCCCCAGCCCCAGGUCCAUACUCCAGAACCUCCUCAAGAUCCUCCUGCUCUGGCCACACCUUCGUUGGAAGAGGUGGAUGCAAUCAGUCUUGCUGUGGCGGCAGCAGGAACAGUAGCACCUGCCAAAGACGCUGUUCCCGCCACUUCUACUGAUUCAAAGGCUGAGGUGGUUUCUGUGGCAAAUUCUCUGGACCAGCACACUCCAGCAACCUUGCCUUCAGCAAACACGGCCUCUCAGCCUGCCGAAGUGACCAGAGCGCUUCCAGCUUCCUGUAGCCCAAGUGUGUCCAUCCAGGCCCCGGCCACUGGCACCUCUGCGUUCACAGUCAAUGUUUCAGCCCCUUCUGUGUUUGCACAGCCCUCCGCCACCUGCUCUUCUGGCUCAGCCUUCAGCCAACCUGCAGUUGAGGCUUUAGGGACCCCUUCCAUGCCCCCCAUCUUCGGCCAGCUCUCUGCAGCGCCGCCUUCUCCAUUUAACCAACCCCCUGCCACCCCGCCACCAUCCACCUCCACCAUCACCACACAGGCAGCAACUCCUGGGUUCAGUACAUCAGCUUUUGGUGGUGCCACCACCUCCACAGGCUUUGUUCAGCCAGCCUUUGGCCAAGCCCCUGUCUUCGGCCAGCCGGCCAGCACAUCGAGUGGGUUCACCUUCAACCAGGCAGCCUUUGGGGCUGCUCCCGCAUUUGGACAGAUGGCUUCUUCCACCACCCCUGCAUCCAGCAGUGGGAGCGUCUUUGGGGCACCAUCCAGCACAAGCACCACCAGCUCCUUCACUUUUGGACAGCCUGCGGCCACUGCAGGCACCAGCCUCUUUGGCCAAAGCAGCACCCUGGCUUUUGGGCAGAGCUCCAGCUUCGGGCAGGGGGCAUCCAUCUUUGGGGGCGCGGCUGCUGCCACCACCCCAACAUCCUCAGCUGGAUUCAGUUUCUGUCAAGCUUCAGCAUUUGGCUCCAGCAGCCCAGGCCCUGUGUUCGGGCAAGCGACCAACACCAGUGGGAACCUCUUUGGCCAGCAGACUUCUUCUGGCGGGGGUCUCUUUGGGUCUGGAAGCAGCGGCGGGAGAAGUGGUGGUUUCUUCAGUGGCCUAGGAGGAAAGCCAAGCCAUGAGGCAGCAAAUAAGAACCCUUUCAGCGCCACCGGUGGGGGAUUUGGUUCCCAGGCCAACCAGAAUACGUCAAGCCUUUUUGGAAACAGCGGUGCCAAGACCUUUGGAUUUGGCACCACCGCCUCCUUUGGCGAGCAGAAGCCGAUGGGCACAUUCAGCUCUGGUGGAGGGAGCGUGGCAUCUCAAGGCUUUGGGUUCUCCAGCCCGACUAAAGCAGGUGGCUUUGGAGCUGCUCCUGUGUUCGGCAGCCCUCCCACUUUUGGGGGCUCCCCCGGGUUCGGAGGGGUGCCAGCAUUCGGUUCAGCCCCAGCCUUUGCAAGCCCUCUGGGCUCGACGGGAGGCAAAGUCUUCGGAGAGGGGACGGCGGCCGCCAACGCUGGAGGAUUUGGGUUUGGCGGCACAGCCAACACAGUGUCAUUCGGAACGCUGGCAAGCCAGAAUACCCCUACCUUUGGAUCCCUCUCUCAGCAGCCUACGGGUUUUGGCACACAAGGCACUGGCUUCUCCGGUUUCGGGUCGGGUGGAGGAGGAGGCUUUGGCUUUGGAUCGUCUAAUGCAUCCACCUCUGGGUUUAGCAGCUGGAGAAGCUGAAAGGAUGCCUGCCCAUGUUGUGCUUCUGUUGGAUGGGCAGGAGUGAACUGAGGAGAUACACAUGUUGCAAUUAAAUGUCAGGAUUU